CGGGACAUCCAGGGAGGCACGGGUUCGCACGCAGCGGCGCUCCGGUGAGGCGACAGAACCCGAAGCGUAGUGGAGCCAAGCGGGUCCCGAUGCACGAGUCACGGCGACCAUCGGCGGGGAUGAGGGCGCACUCCAGCUGCCUCUGAUUAUUAAAAGUAUAUAAAUAUCACUAUGGCCGACGCGUCCGAACCAGCACCAGCGACUGCAAAAAUGGCGUCAUCAUGCGCCCGGGUCCGAGCUCUGAUGACCAUCCUCCUGCUCCUGGCGGCCAGCGGCGGCUGCGUCGCCCCGACGAGCGGCGCGGAGGCGGCGGAGGAGGCGGUGAUCUUCGGGCUGCGCCUGGAGGACACGGACGACAUCUCCUUCAUGGACCGGGGCCACCUGCGCGUCAGCGAGCGGGCUCGCGUGAAACUACGGAUAUUCGGGCAGAACAUCAACAACGAGACCUGGUCCAAGAUCGCCUUCACGGAGCACGAGCGGAGCCGCGGAGGAGCCGCCGCCACUGGGAGCCUCGAAGGCGACUCGUCGCGGGACAACCGGAGCCGGGAGGAGACGUCGGGUACCGGGCAUCCGUGCGGCAUCAGGACGUCAGACAUCAUCAUCUUGCCCAGCAUCGUGCUGAGCCGCAAGACGUCGGGCGUGGUGGAGAUCGACGUGAAGCCUUUACGCAAAACGGAACGGAGUAAGUCGUACUACUUUUGCAUCGCCACCUCCACGCCGGCGGCGCCCGGGGCGCACGGGGCACACGGGGCGCACGACCCGUGGACGGAGCACACCUGGGUGUACCACGACGGCGAGGACACCAAGGUGAUCGUGGUGGAGGAGAAGAAGUUCCUGCUGCCCUUCUGGCUGCAGGUGAUCUUCAUCUCCAUGCUCCUUUGCCUCUCGGGGAUGUUCUCCGGGCUGAACCUCGGCCUCAUGGCGCUGGACCCCAUGGAACUCCAGAUCGUGCAGAACUGCGGCACCGAGAAGGAGAAGAACUACGCCAAGAAGAUCGAGCCGGUGCGUAGCCAGGGGAACUACCUGCUGUGCUCGCUGUUGCUAGGCAACGUGCUGGUGAACACCACGCUCACCAUCCUCCUGGACGACAUCGCGGGGUCGGGGCUCAUCGCCGUGGUGAUGUCCACCAUAGGGAUCGUGAUCUUCGGGGAGAUCGUCCCGCAGGCCAUCUGCUCGCGGCACGGCCUGGCCGUGGGCGCCAACACCAUCUUCCUCACCAAGUUCUUCAUGCUGCUCACCUUCCCCGCGUCCUACCCGGUGAGCAAGCUCCUGGACUACCUCCUGGGCCAGGAGAUCGGAACGGUGUACAACCGGGAGAAGCUCCUGGAGAUGCUGCGGGUCACGGACCCGUACAACGACCUGGUGAAGGAGGAGCUCAACAUCAUCCAGGGAGCCCUGGAGCUGCGGACUAAGACAGUGGAGGACGUGCAGACACCGCUGCGGGACUGCUUCAUGAUCCCCGGAGACGCUGUCCUUGACUUCAGUACCAUGUCGGAGGUGAUGGAGAGUGGCUACACGCGCAUCCCCGUGUUCGAGGGCGACCGCUCCAACAUCGUGGACCUGCUCUUCGUCAAGGACCUGGCCUUCGUUGACCCGGACGACUGCACCCCCCUGAAGACCAUCACCAAGUUCUACAGCCACCAGCUGCACUUUGUCUUCAACGACACCAGAUUGGAUACGAUGCUGGAGGAGUUCAAGAAAGGUAAGUCCCACCUGGCCGUGGUGCAGCGGGUGAACAACGAGGGUGCGGGGGACCCCUUCUACGAGGUGCUGGGCAUCGUGACCCUGGAGGACGUCAUCGAGGAGAUCAUCAAGUCGGAGAUCCUGGACGAGACCGACCUGUACACGGACAACAAGUCCAAGAAGAGGAUCACGCACCGCGAGAGGAAGCAGGACUUCUCUGCCUUCAAGCCCCUCGACAGCGAGAUGAAGGCCAAGGUGUCUCCUCAGCUCCUGCUGGCUACCCUGCGUUUCCUAGCAACAGAGGUGGAGCCCUUCGGCCCGGUUCAGAUGUCAGAGAAGAUCCUGCUGCGUCUGCUGAGGCAUCCUCACGUCAUCCAGGAGCUCAAGUACGACGAGAAGAACAAGAAGGCCCCCGAGCACUUCCUGUUCCACCGCAACAAGCCCGUGGACUACUUCAUCCUCAUCCUCCAGGGGAAGGUGGAGGUGGAGGCCGGAAAGGAGGGCAUGAAGUUUGAAGCGGGCGCCUUCUCGUCCUACGGGAUGAUGGCUCUGACCGCCUCACCAGUCCCUCUCUCGUUGUCCCGUACCUUUGUGGUCAGUCGCGCUGAGUCCUUAGCAGGAUCUCCAGAGAAUAAGUCCCCCCCCCGGCCCUUUGGACUCAACCACUCCGACUCUCUAAACAGGAGCGAGCGGCCGGACGCCCUCCCCCCCGCGCUGGGCAGCAGCAACAACCAGCUCAACACCUUCCUGCACGUCUACGUGCCAGACUACUCGGUGCGAGCCAGCUCAGACCUGCAGUACAUCAAGGUGAGCCGGCAGCAGUACCAGAACGCCGUGCUAGCGUCCCGCAUGGACAAGACGCCGCAGUCCAGCGACACCGAGUUCACCAAGAUCGAGCUGACGCUGAGCGAGGUGUACGACGCCGUGGACCCGCCCCCCGGCCCCGGCCCCGCCCACACCAUCAGCGCCGCCCCGCCCGCCGUCACCAUGGCGACGGCCAACGAGUCGUCCCAGCUGCUCAACCAGAACUGUGUGGGGGGUCUCGGGGGGCGGCCAAACCACAGCGCCGCCCACCACCUCGAGGGCCCCAUCUAGACCCCCAGCGACCCGCCACCCCCCCCCCCCCCCGGGGGCCCUGAGGGCCCAACCCAAUACCUCCUCUGACCCACACACACACACACACGGGGGGGGGGGGGGCGGGGCGGGGGGGCGCGGGGGGAGGGAGACGGGGGGCCGGGGGUCUCACCCCCCCCUCAAAGAGGAGGGCGGGGCAGUGGGCUCCCCCCCCCCCCCCCUGCAGGGGGGCACGGACCACAUCACGGACCCGACCAAGAGGGGGCGGGGCCUCACCCAGAGGGGGCGGGGCCUCAUCCAUUGACCAGAGGGGGGCGGGGCCUCGUCCUGGAGGCGGGCGGCCGGCACGGGGCGCGGCCCCCGGUCGUCACACUGGACGACGCACACAUACGUCACACACACACACACGCAUACGCACACACAAUAACGCACACACACAGACUGACGCACACGCACACAUACGUCACACACACACAGGCAGCCGGACCCUCUACAGCCCCCCCCUCCCAGCAGGUCGCCGUGGCGAUCAGAGACUGUAGCACAACCGCUUGAGACGUCGCCAAACCAAGAAUGUUUCCUCUAUUUAUUUAUUUUAUAAUAACGUGUAUAUAUGUAUGCAUAUAGAGACAGAGAUGGCAUACACACCGGCCUACAAACAUGCAUGAGCAUGUGCACAGAUGUGAGGGGCGUGGCCUGUCAGAGACACGCCCCCGGCUUCCAGGCAUCAUGUAUAUGGAGAGGUGAGGGUCUUUUACAGAUGUGUAUAUUACAGAUCUUCUUAUUUUUUACUAUUAUUCUAAAUCGGCCGAUGGUACAAUAUCUUUUUCACCUUUAUAAGAGAAAUCACACUAUUGCCUUUCAGAGAAAUCGUUUAAUCAAUUAUUUUAACAAAAACGUGCAAUGACAUAUAUAGUUUAUUUAAGAGAUGAUUAUGGUUCCAGAGAUCCAUGUAUUGUAGAUUGACAGAUAUAUUUGUACGUAAGUAUCAUAUAUAUAUUGGUUUUCUGAAAAAAGAAAAAUGCCACUGAUCUGCCAGAGAUCCCCCCUUGCAAUGCUCCUCUCUCUCUCUCUCUCUCUCUCUCUCUCUCUCUCUCUCUCUCUCUCUCUCUCUCUCUCUCUCUCUCUCUCUCAUUCUCUCUCUCUCUCUCUCUCUCUCUCUCUUCAGGUAUGUCUAAUGUUAAGCGCCUUGAGUCCAGACUGUUUUCUAUAGUAGUUUUACUCCAGAAUGCAGUGUAGCGGUCAGCGAGAGGGAGAAGAACAAGGGAGGGGGCGGAGCUAUAAUAAUUAUGCACGUGGACAAACAUCUUUUUAUUAUUUGUUGCCAAUUUUGAAAAUAAUCAAACUUGAUAAUUGCACAGUAUUAAUGACCUCAUCUAACGUGUUGAGUAUCAUCAACGUUACAAAAAAAUAACCUCAACAUUAAAAAUGACUUAAAAGAUCCAGGCAUAUUGUUUUUAACAUUAGAAUGUGCAUGUGUGAGUGUGCGCGUGUAUAUCGUGUGGGCAUGGGUGUGUGUGUGUGUGUGUGUGUGUGUGUGUGUGUGUGUGUGUGUGUGUGUGUGUGUGUGUGUGUGUAUGCGCAUGCAUGCUAGUGCAUGAACAUGCACCCGGGCGUGUGCACGUGGCCCUUCCCUUGAUCACCUCCCGGGCAGAUGAGCUUCCAGUUUCCUGCCUUCUGUUUCAGUGCUUAUGUACAUAAACCGCCAAGUAAAGACUGACACAGGACAUCAUGAUAUUUUUUUGUAUUAGUAUUUGAUUAAAUGAUAACUUCUAUCAUCAA